AUGUUAAUUGAAAACAUCGUGGGAUUGAAUGACAUGGAUGAUCAUGCGGAUUUAAAAGUUAUCACCAAAAUUGAAAGAACUCGUCAAAUAGUUCUGGAAGUAUCCCCUGAUUUACGCAAGAAGCUUCUAGCACGAGGCUAUGUCUGGUUGGGUUGGAGAAAGUGUCCUAUUGUUGAUCAUCUGCGGAUAACCCAGUGCUUCAGAUGCUGUAAGUUCGGACAUAUUGCCAAGCUAUGCAAAUCGUCUACCUCUGCAUGCAUCAAAUGCUCAAGAGAUCAUAUGGCAAAUCAGUGUGAGGUCGCAUGUGACCAGAUCCAAGUAACCCCCGUAUCUCCAUUCUUAGACUACGCCUCCUGCAUGAGGUACAACACCUCACAGUUGAAUUCCCAUAGUGACAGGACAAAGCCGACAAACGAGACGCCUCGGUCAUUUUAUAUUUAUUUGAUUAACCACCAUGGCUACGACAACGGAACAAAACUAAGUCCGCAAGAAGCUGAAACAAUAGACUGGAUCAAACAUCUGUGA